AUGGCCACCAGGACAGACCCGAGCGAUACCGACUUCACAGUGUUCAUCCGCUUACCAUUUCCCAGGGGAGAUUUUGUUGAUCCGCCUCCCGUGGAAUGGAAUGCGGUCAAAGACCAGGCGUUAUGGGAUAUUCUUUCACGGCCCUCAAAGGGAGAUGAUAUAGACUGGAAAGCCCUGGCUGAGAAAUUUGAUGUCACUUUGCAGUUUUUGCUUCAGCAAGCUGCCUGGCUUUAUGACAGACAGCUAUCCCAGGUACGGGCACAGAUGCGCAAGGUACCUCCGGUGCAGUCGAACUCUCCCUCGCCAGCACCGGGUUCUGUCUCGGGAAGUACGGCUUUAAGUGGACAUCCAUCAAAGGGACCAGUCCCUGCAGGAAAUCGAGGCCUCACCCGGCAGGUAUCUCAACAGAAGGACGUUCCUCAAACAGUCCCUAGUGGCCGCCGCACCAGCUCUACCUCGAUUACUACCGUUAACCAAGCCCGCCACUCUCGGGACUCCUCUCGCAAUGAGAUUCCGACAGAGGGUAGAGAGCAGCGUUGGGAGAACUUUGUUCGUCGACCAUCAGUCACCAGACGGGAGCAGCCACCUGCUACAUCCUUCCUGCGGUCUCCACCCCUCGAAGAAGAGGACCUCAGCUCGAGCUCAACAGAGUCGGACUCCGAAGGGGAAUUAAGUCAGAGAACGCACGGCUUCAGAAAGUUUGGCAAGUUUUCCACUCAGCGCGUCGGUCUCCGCGACGAUGAGGAAGAAGAUGAAGACGAUACCCCGGCAUUUCUACCCCUCUCCCGAGAACCUGACCAAGCUCCACCAGGCCGGUCUGGUGAAGAGCUGAGUACAACUCUACGCCUAGACGCGGAGCGCGCUGCUGCCACACGACGACGUAUUGCCAACCUAUCUGGCCACAGAAAUCCCGUGGCCACAGAGUCCUCCACCAGCUCUAUGAGCUCGGGCGCCCCAGCAAGCUCGACAAACAGCGAUAGUCGCCACCUCAGCCAGCCUGCUAGCGCACUAAGCCCCCACCGAGCCGGCGAAGCGCCCCGCCAAAGCCCACGCAGGUCAAAAACUUCCGCCCGGGAGGCUAGCGAUGGUACUCCGAGCAUGGGGAGCAGCUUCAGCGACCUGGAUGACGCCAGUGUUACACAAUCGGCUUUGGAAGAGGCUCUUAUGAGCAAUAUGCAGCAUGGGGGUAUGGCUAGUCGCAUGAGCACGAUUAGUCAAGCUUUGCGUAGUCGCUACUUGCAGUGA